UUUUUUUGUUUUAAAAAUUUUGGGGUUGGUCCUCGAUUCUCUUUCUGAUAGGGCCUGGAUCUCCGUUUUCCCUCCCCUCUCUGGAUACGAGUUUGGGUCCCCGAUUUCCCUUCCUCCUCUGGCUAUGGACUCAGGUCUUCGAUUCCCUCUCCCCCACCUUCUCCCCGGUUUGGGUCCUCGAUUUCCCGUCCCCUUUGGCGAUAGGCCUGGCUCCCCAAUCCAUCCCUCGUUGUAUGGUCUUUGUUUUCUUGUCCUUUCUCUGACUAUGGGCCCGGGUCUCCGAUUCCAUCCGCUAUGGUUAUUGGGUCUCUGUCACCGCCCGACGAUGAUUUUUAUUCAUUCCCUGAUAUCUCCCUUCCCUGAAAAGAGAUAUUCCCGUUCCCGUCAUCUCUGUUGCCUGACAUUUCCGUUCCCCUAAAAACUUGAUCCUGACAGAUCGUCGACCAACCCUAAUAAAAAUAAAAUAUUUAAAUUUUUUUAAAAAUUAAUGAAGAUUAAAAAGGCCAUAUACUUUUUUGAUUUUAUUUGUUUAAAUUUGUUGCUAGACAAAUUUUUAUUUUGUAUUUAUUUUUUAUUUCUCUUUAUUCUUUAAAUAUUUUUAUUUAAAUUUUUAUUUUUAAAUUUUUAAAAAUGGCUACUUUACUUUGUUCAAUUUGUGGUCAACAACCUGAAGUCCCUGUUGUGUCACCCGUUUCUGGAAAAAUUUUUGAAAAGCGUUUGAUCGUGAAAUAUAUUGAAGAAAAUGGUACUGAUCCAAUUAAUGGAGGAAAGUUGGAAGUUUCUCAGGUUUUUUUUUUAAUUUUUUUGGGGGUUUUUUAAUUGGUUCUGUUCGUUUAUCCGCUCGCAGUUUCAUUUUUCUUUCCUUUAUAAAAUUACAAAAUGGUCAAAUAUGGAUAUGGACACCUUGUCUUUUUAUGGUACUAUUGCAUUAUACCAAUACUUAUCCGCAAAAAUGUCCGCAAAUCAUGCCUCCGUCCGCAAGAAUGUUUGUCCGCAAAUCACGCAUUUGUCCGCAAAUCUUGCCUCCGCAAAACUGUUUUGUCUACAAAUGGUUUCUCCGCAAAUAUCCUUCCGCAAAUGUUUGUCUUUCCUCUAUCUUUCCUUCCUCCUUUCAUCAUGAUUAAAAAAUGUUAUUCCUCAA